GGCGCGUGAUGCUAUGCGUGAAAAACAUUUUUUGAAUUCUACUAGUACAUGGAGUAUUCGGCUGAUGAUAUUGCAGGCUGCAGCAGCAAGGAGCUUGCAGUUUUAUAUACUACAUUAUGGACCUAUGAUUAUGUGUGUUCAAUUCAUGAAGAGUGGACAUAUUUACUUCAAUCGCACUGGGGCAGGAUGAAAGGCAUGUAUAUCGUUACACGAUACCUCCCCUUUAUCCUUCUCGCCACGGAUCUGUAUCGUGCGUUCCGCUCCAGCACACAUCGCGCUGAUUAUCAAUUAACACUCGUUUUUCAUAUUAGCUCAGGUACGUGCAUGCUAGUCAUUUGCUCCGAGUGGUUUUUCAUCCUUAGAACAUAUGUGCACUGGGACAACAAUGGAUUCUUGCUCGCAGCCAUGCUGUCCACCUUUUUUCAUUUCUUUUCCUUUUUACACACGUUGAUAGUGUUCUCCCCGGGACUCAUGAUCCUCACGUUCAUACGUGCCAUACAGAACUGGCGGACAAACCUAAACCAUCUCUACACUAUCCUGGUGAACCAUAAUCUAUCCUACUAUGCAUGCGGUCUUUUGUUUUCGGCAGCGAACAUAUUCACGUCGCUGCUCUUUCAUGAUGCCUACCAGACCAUUUUGGAUGGGUAUUUCAUGAUCCUUGCAAUCCUCGCCACGCGCAUGUACCUCUAUCUCUGGCAGGUGAACCGACAAACACACGGCUCUGGAGACUUUACGCAUGUUCCAAUGUCCGAUCUGUCGUUUGCAACUUCCACGGCGUAAUAUCUUAUCCUAUUUGUUCGUGGAGCGAGGCUUGAUCUAGUUCGUUACGUGUUUACUUUAUAGGAUGUCUGCCUUGGCGUGGGAGGAGUAUUUGGCCUAUUUAACACCCGUAGUUUCCACUGUGAGAGGCAGCGGGUUCAGGAUCCACGAUUUGAGUAUGUUAGAGCCAAACGCACAGCCUGACGGCAACAAACAUCAUUGUACAGGCUUACCCUAGUAGAGGUCAAAAUUGGAUUGGCAUC